CCUCUUUUUCUCUAAGCCCACGUCCUUCUCCUCUUUCCAUCCCCCCUUUCCAUCCUCUAUAAGCCUCCUCCUUCUCCUCCUCCAUCCCUGCCCUUCCCUCCCUCCUCCUCCUCCCCCAGGAGCAGCGACACCCUCGGUGUCCCGUUCCCGCAGCCCUCGCAGCCCGCGGCAGGAGCGGGGAUGGAGCCGGGCCAGGUCGGGAUGGGCAGCGCGGGGCUCUCGGCUGCUCCCACCCGCUGUUCCAUGGGGGGGAACCCGGCCCGGGCAAAAGGAGAGGCAAACUGGGAAAACUGGGGGCUGCACAUCCCAACUGGGCCCUGCACAUCAUCCCCCAUACUCGGGCAGGAUUUCCCAUUCCCAAGCCUUGGCUGCAUGGAGGAGGAGGCUGUGAGGAAGAGGAAGAUGCCCCGAGACAGCCAGGCAGGUCCUCCUCCAUGGAAGAACUCAGACACUGGAGACAAGAAAUCCCUGGAGGCAGCCAGACACCUGGACCAGAUGCUGAGUGAUCUGGAGAGACGCCGUGAGAUGGGCCAAAGGGCUUUGCUGAAGGCAGCACUUCCUGAAGGAAGCAAUGGCUUCGUGCCAGCCCCUGAUACACGAAGAGAGGAGAUGCCAGACAGUGCCACAGAAGACUCAUGAAACCAAUGUUGGUUUGAUGUGACCUACAGAAGAGUUUUGCAUUGCUUUUAAUUCCAACAAGCAGCAGAGCUGGAACCUGUUGAGAAGAGUCUCUUCACUUCAUUGCUAAAGCAAACUGCCAGUGUUCUUUUUUUCCAGCUCUGGGCAGGAAAAUAAAAAUCUAUCAGCAGAAAAUACUCAAGUGAAGUAACUGAUAUAAAUUAGGGAUUUGGUCUGUUUGCUCCCUAAGCCCUGAGUUCCUCAGAGCUGCAGCUCCCUGCUCUCUCUGCAGACAGAGGCUGGCUGUGGAUGACAGUCACGUGUCUGGCCUGGUGCCCACCAGGUGCACACACGAGCUGAGGGAUCAUCCCUGCACGCCCCAUCCUGGAAGAACCGAGGUCAUUGAUGAAUCUGACACGGUUUUAUGGCAUGGCAGCAAAAGAAGGCAAAAGAAAGGCUACAAUUGGUACCAUUCCAACCCCUUGACAUUUUGCCGUGUGUAAUGGAGAUAGGAACUACAAGUUUCCUAUCCAUGCACAAUUUGCUGUCUGAGAGCACUCCGUUCUCAAAGUUACAGGGGCCUGCAGGUCUGUGUCUGAGAUGACUUUAAAAACAAAAACAACCUUUAUGUGCAACACCUGUGUAUCAAAACUUCACAAUACAAAUCACAAGCUGAUUUCUGCUGUUAAGUGGAUGAAAAAAAACCCAAAAAGCAAAAGUAAAACCGUGACCAAAUCAAACAGGCAAACACAACAACCACCAAGAAAACAAGAAAACCAACACAAACAUCCCCACAAAUCCAGAAAAAGAUAAAAAUCAGGUGAUGGAGGCAGAGAUCCAAGAGCAACAAAUGGGCAGAGGAACUACAGGAAGGACAGAUCAUAAGAAAGGAGAGAUAAUAAGUGGCUAUGGCAUCAAACUAGCCAGGGCAUGUGAGAUAGUGUUCUCACCCUUCUGAAAACAAUCUGACAUAAAAAUGAACAGAAAAGAAAUGAUGACAAUUGUGAUAAUGGGAGUCUGCAUGUUUAGCUUUAAUAUAUGCAUUGUGUGUGAGUUGUGUUUUCCUUGUUAAGUCACAUCAUCUGGCAAGGGUUUUUAUCUGUGCAAAGAAAAAUACUGCAGUGGAAAAGGAGGCUGGCUGGGAAAACAUUAAAAGCAAGAGCUAAAUUAAAGUACUCAUUUUUAA